AUGCCUCAUUCCUUAUCAACCAGAUCAAUGUUGCACAAUAAGGCUCUGGCACAGCCAAUUGAGCCCACUUUCGCCCAAGAGGGGGUUCCCUAUGACUACUUUGUUGUCGUUGAUGCGGGGCUGCAUGGAUCGAGACUCUGGGUGUACAGCUGGGUGAAUCCAUUUAUAGGAAUGGAGAAACUGAUUGAUUUUCACGCUCGUGCGUUCUCUAAAAUGAAUGUUAUUGAUGAUGAGGAUGGAGAGAAGUCAGAUGAGGCAGAUAGUGACUCGGAGAAAGAGAAAGAGAAAGAAAAGGAGAAAGAGAAGGAGAAGGAGAAAGAGAAGGAGAAAGAGAAGGAGAAAGAGAAGGAGAAAGAGAAGGAGAAAGAGAAAGAGAAGGAGAAAGAGAAACAGGAAGAGAAGGAGGAAGAGAAGGAGAAAGAGAAACAGGAAGAGAAACAGGAAGAGAAACAGGAAGAGAAGGAGAAAGAGAAGGAGAAAGAGGAAGAGAAGGAAACUGAUAGAAAUCAGGAAAAAGAUAAAGAUGUAGACAAGCAAAAAGAUACAGAUAAAGAUAAAAAUCAGGAAAAAGGCUCGAAAGAAAAGGAUCAUACAGACAAAUCAGACCUGAACAGAAUAAGAUCCAAGUCAAAGAAGUCUGCAAUAAAGAAAAUCCCGGCCGUUUUUAAUCUCAAGCAUUGGCACUUGGCUGAACAUGUUGGUUUAUCGACAUUAAUGGACAGCCCCAAAAAAAUCGAUCAACACAUCAAGAAGUUGCUUCGCCGUGCAAGCGAUGUUGUUCCAAAAUCUCAACACUACAGAACGCCAAUCUUUGUUCAUGCUACUGCGGGAAUGAGAGCAAUUCCUGAGAACAAGCAGAAACUCAUUUUGGAACGAGUGUGCAAUGUUCUCACCCAGUCUUCCGAUUUUUUCAUACCUGACUGUGCUUCUCAUAUCAACAUUAUUGAUGGAGAGACUGAGGGAUUGUACGCAUGGACGGCUCUUAAUUAUUUGAAGGAGACUUUAGGAAAGGUUGAUAACUUAGAGACCAGCCCCACAUACGGCAUGCUCGACAUGGGUGGAAUGUCUACCCAAGUAGUUUUUCAACCCACCUCAGGCGAAGCUGAAAAGCAUCCCGAUAGUUUGUAUCGCAUCAGUUUAGCGGGACUACCUUCAUCUAAAGUCAACAGAGAUGAAGUCAACUACUCCUUGACAGAAUCUUCAACUUAUGACAUAUUCACACAAUCUUUCUUGGGUCUAGGAGAAAGUGGUGCACAACAGAAAUUUCUUGAUAACCUAGCCCAUUCUGAAGGUGACGUCUUGCCCAAGGUUAACAAUCCAUGUGCGCCAAAGGGUUACAAUCACAAACGAAAAGUGGGCGAUAUCAUGGUCGAGUAUACUGGUACAAGCGACUUCGACAAAUGUAUUGUGUCGAUCUUUGGCGUCUUUUCUGAGUAUACACAGCCAGCAGAGGAGAACAGCGAAAUCGAUUGCCACAACAUACAGUCAGAAGACCAUAUCAGUUCUUGUCUUGUGAAUAAGAAUCGUCCUGCUUUUGAUUUUGACCACGAUAAAUUCGUUGGUGUCAGUAAGUACAAAAAAAUUAUGGAUCAGCUCGAGGAACUUGGCUAUCUAAACGGCAAGAAGAAGGAUAAGAGCUACGAUUUUGAGAAAUUUCACGCAGCAACGAAAAAAAUCUGUGCUGAAGAUUACCUGCAACUUGUCAAGCAAGACAAGAAACACAGUUUCCAAGUUGAGGAGCUCCGCGACUUUUGUUUCCAGUCGUCAUGGAUCCUAAACAUGUUACAUGUUGGCUUUGGCUUUCCCAACACCGAGCAAAAGGAACCCAAUUUACUACUAGAAGAAAAAAUCAAUGGGCAAAAAUUCUCAUGGACGUUGGGGCGUGCUGUGCUCUAUGCAAAUGACGAGUAUACACAAGCCUAUCGUAAUUUCAGUCUCAAACUAGACAAUGGUGAUACUGUCGAACGUCUGGGAUACACUUCCCCUCAAAAGGCCUAUGUUUACGGAGCAGAGAGCAACAAUAUUAUGAGACCAGAAUUCGUGCAGCCAAACGCCAAAAUAUCCUACAAGUACUACGACUAUGAGGCCAACUACAGUGUCAUCCCGAGGCCAUGGGUCCAAUUCCUGUUGCUCUGUGCCCUCUUUGCCGCAAUGGUGGUUCUCUAUCGUGGUGGGCUAAAACAAAUGGUGGGAUUUUAUGAAGGAGUCACACGAGCUGUCAAGCAGGCCAGAGGAUAUACGUCCCUUCUGGGUCAAAGUGUGGAAUUGGCCAACAUGGCUUCCUAUGAAGAUGAAGGAGAAUUCGUAAUUUCGAGCGAUACCGAAACCGCAUAA